UCAUCAUUUGACCACCAACUCAACUGCCAAUCAGCAACCAUGGUCGGUGCUAAUUACAUGGGUGGAAAAAGGUUUGACUGGACCUGCUACCCACAUUAUCAGAGUUAAAGCACGACGCCUAGAAAUGCAGUACGUGCGAAGACAAAAGACGCGGCUGGCCGUGCACAAAAACGCACUUUGUAAAACAACGUCUAGCGAAUGCUCUAGGACACCGUAGUCCUGGGGAUCGUCGUAAUUCCGGUCCAUUGCGUUCAGCUUCUUUGUUGUCCGAGAUAUCUCUCGCCCACGCACCCCAUAACACUAGAAGGUCUCCACAUGUCCCCCUCAAUCAGUAUUAUACGUUAUCUUCUGAUAACGAGAAUGGCCGAAAACGACCAUCCAAAGUACUCUCUGCAUUGGAUACGUCGGAUCGUAUGCUUCUGUGUUUCCGAAUCCUUGUCGGCGCUAAGGAUCUGUUGUGUUAGACAUGUCGAUCCGAGCUGCUAUCGAUCGGAUACUUCAACUACCAGAUCUAGUUGGUGCUCAAGCGGUUACUCACAAGGACACAGUGCCCUGCGGGGGCGCGAGAACGGCCAACGACAGUUCUGAUGAAUAUGGAACUAACGACCAAGAUUCUCCUUUUGAUACCGAGCAUUUACAGCGACCAGAAAACAAUAAUACAGACGAGGGGAUGGCUUCCCGGAAUUUCCGUGACAGGCCUCUCUGUGCCCAAAGUAAUCAGUUCUCGCCCCUUCCUCGGUCUUCUCCCUUCACCACCGAUUCUUCCUUUAUGGAUGUUGAUCGCGACAUGAUCUUGGAGUUCGAGUCUUCACCAAGGCCUCCCCCUAGUCCUAUAACCGAAUGGUCUAACGAGCAGUCCAUGAUGUUUGGCCACUACUUCCCGGCAACACAACACAUGCACCCAUCGAAGGAUUCGGGGCACGGUCAGACUUGGGGCACUUUCAGCCCUUAUCUCUUUUCUGGAAGUAAGAUCCACUCAAGUCCUGAGUUGUCGCUUUCCUUCCUUUCACAUCAGCCUACGUUCCGAGGACUGGAAUUUUCCGACAGCCCUGACCGGGUACGUUGUAUUCAUGAGACGCAGCCUGUAAAGGACAAUUCAGAUAUUGUCCCUAUGACUCACCUGCCGCUUGACUUCCUUUCCGAUCCGGAUCCCUGGGCAACUAUUGGAAGGAUUCUGCAAGUGGAACGUUUGAAGGAAACGGCGGUCGGGUCUAAUCAGACUGCAUCGCGGUUUGGUUCAGUUCACAAGCCUCUUGAGGAUGCCUUGGCGCACGAUCUGAACACAUUCGAUGAUGACGUCAAGCUAUCCUCGCGGUUGCGAAGUGGCCUCCCUAUCUGGAAAAAAAUGGGCCACUGAAGGAGAUGGGGCACGAAUGAUGGGAGGUCACUUGCUGACCGAACUGGAAUGCCGGACAUCCGAUGCCUUUCCAGAGAAAAACGCAGCUAUGGUUUACGACGGACCAUGUUUAUUUGGUGAUUCUGACUCUGAAGACGAUUAACUUCACAUCAUUACUUGCUUAUAUGAAGUAUCGUUUGUAGUACAUGUACUGCGUGGCUGCAAUUGUUUGGCACCUCAGC